CUCCAGGAACAUCGCCGUGGCUCUGGCUCGGAAAGAGAGUAGCAGCUAAUUCAUUUGGACACUACACAAGUAUAUGUUACAAGAUGGCGUGGGGCUCCUAUACUCAGACUGCAGCUGAACGCGAUAGGGCUUCGGGUGUGCUUGUUAUUUUUGCGAUGCUGCUGCUUCUGGUUCUGGGCUGCGACUGAAUAGGUACAGGAUAGAUUGGUGCUACACAUGUGUGAAAAAGUGAUACAGCGUAUUAUGCGUCGACGCAGACUAUAGAGGCGCUAUGGUCGACACCUGGGGGGCCGCCUAGAGGGACUUGGAACCUGGAGGGAAAGGCAAGAGAACUCCCGGAACGAUCUCGUCAGCGUCACGCUUGUUUUGAUUUUAGUUACAAAUAUAAAUUUAUGUUUAAUUGAUUACCAAAUCAAGGUUCUAUUUUUAAAGUUAUUGUAAAAAAUGAAAUGUCGCUAAGUAGUCGCUAGAUUUAAAAUUUUGAAUUUUCGCAGAUUGCUAUAGUUAUAAAUUUAGUUUGUAUGUUGGCCGCGUACAAAUGAUUUGGCGUACCCAUCGGCAUCGCUUCGCCAAAGCCUUGCGUAGCCUACCUAUAAAUAAACAUGCCACUAUAUAUCACUAGAAAACUAGGAAUACUGGGAUCCCUAUGCGCAGUCACGCAUACAUAGGUAUAUAUAUAUAUAUAUAUAUACAUAUAGUGAUAUAUGUAAAUAUAUAUAUAACAACAGAAAACGGAGCAGACGCACUGUUUGUGAAUUGCGGCAUACGAGAGCAUAUAUACGGAUACAAGCCCUGCAGUGUGUAUGUAGAAAUAGACUCGCAAAAAUAUUAUCUCGCUGUUGCGGAGUAAUUAAUGCUGUUAUAAAUGAUUACACGGAAAAAGUCGGACGCGAUAAGGGGAAGAGCACAAGCCGUACGUUUCGCGCGACAUGCUCCGAAAAUUAUGUGAUAUUCGUACCACUAAUGAACCUAACCUAUAGUGGUAUAGUAGAAUACAAUACAAUGAAUUCGGAUAAUAAUACACAAUGAAGCACCGAUAUUCCGUAAGAUAGUUUCAAGCAAUAAGACCCAGUCAUGGAAAACCACUCCUCCAUUCACUCGUACAUGCAAGUGGCGCUCAAUGCUGAUGACUUGUCGAUGAUCUCGGCCGCCCAGGCAAAGUCGUACGGCGAAAACGCGAGCAGCCGAAACAGGGCGGAAACAGUUUUGGCCAGUAACAACAAGGGCGGCCUGACUAAUCCUCGAGCUUUGUUAUUUUUAAUACUAUGGUACAUAUUCAGCGGUUGUACUCUCUUCCUCAACAAGUACAUUUUAUCGUACAUGGAAGGUGACCCAACGAUAUUAGGUGCUUGUCAAAUGUUGAUGACUGCGGUAUGCGGUUUCAUACAAAUGUAUUUCCCCUGUGGGAUGUAUCAAGCAAGUCCUCGUUUGACUAGGCCCCCUGGGUUUUACAAGCACAUGAUACUGGUUGGAUGCACCAGAUUCAUGACUGUAGUAUUAGGACUAGUAUCAUUGAACUAUGUUGCUGUAAGUUUUACAGAGACUAUCAAGAGUAGUGCUCCACUUUUUACUGUGUUUAUAAGCAGAUAUUUAUUAGGUGAACAUACAGGUUUUUAUGUUAAUUUAUCUUUAUUACCAGUCAUGGGAGGCUUGGCCCUUUGUUCUGCAAAUGAAAUUAGUUUUGAUUUGAGAGGAUUUGUAGCUGCUAUGGCUACAAAUUUAACCGAGUGCUUACAAAAUGUUUAUUCCAAGAUGUUGAUUAGUGGUGAUAGUUUUAAAUACACGCCAGCAGAACUUCAAUUUUACACAAGUUUGGCAUCUGUGGUAGUUCAAAUACCAGCAUCAAUUUUGUUAGUAGACAUUCCAGCCUUGAAGCAUUCUCUAGAUUUAAAUCUACUGACAGCAUUCAUUAUGAAUGGUAUAUUUUUUCAUUUUCAAAGUAUCACAGCCUAUGUACUUAUGGAUUAUAUUAGUCCAGUGACUCACAGUGUUGCUAACACAGCAAAAAGAGCUUUUUUGAUAUGGUUAUCUAUAUUGUUGUUCAACAACCCCGUAACUGGUCUUUCAGCACUAGGAACGUUUUUAGUGAUUGCUGGAGUUUUGCUAUAUAACAAAGCUCAAGAGUAUGACAGAUUAAAAAACCUAAGACGACGAUAUACAUCAAAAGUCAAUUUGCAAUAAUUAUUUCUCAUAGUUCAAAACUGCUUUGUCAUCAACUUAAAUUGUGAUGUUUCAUGGCCACGAAGUAAAAUAGUUCAUAGAAGGUCUAGGAAAAUAAAACUUAUAAGAACUUGCUGGCUACAAAUUAUCUUGGUAUAAGAUUAACAGAUCCAAGUAAUUUAUAAAGUGAUGUGUACAAUUUUUUAAACGUUUAAUAAUAUACGUAGAGUUAGUUUUUUGAUAACAAAAAGAAAAUUAAAGUAAGCAAUUUUGAGAUAUAUUAAAUUAAAUUAUUCAAUAAGCUGUAAUGCAAUGACCAAGAUAUUCCAAUUAUAGUCAAUUUUAAAAACAUCAAACGUUUAGUUGUCGUAAAUCUUGGUUGUUAAUUGAGCAUAUCAGAAAACAUUAGCUAGUCAAUAAAAGUGUAAAAAAUAUUUUAUAUUUUUUGAUUAGUAGUUAAUUAAUACAAAUCUCGUUGAAAGUCUGCAACUACUGUUUGUAUAUAAUUUAUUUAAAUUGCGAAUCAUAUUAAUGACCAAGUAUUUUUGAUAGUUAUAAUCAAGUCGACUAAACCCUCUUAAAAUACGUUACACUUAUUUUGAUUCUUUCUUUUUCACCUUUUUUUAAAUGAAAAUAUUCGAAAUGCACGAUGUUGUACAUACUUUAUAAUAAAUACGAAAUAGUUGAGUUUAUUCCAAGUGAAAGUAUCAUUGUUUUGAUUAACUUGGCUAGAUUUAUUUUCUGCAGAAUAAUGUUGGGGGUAAGCAUCUGAAGAAGAAAAAAUGAAUAUUCCAAGUAGAAAAUAUAACUUGUUUUUAUUCUAAGUGCAUGUUUUUUUUUUUAAAAUAAAGUAUUUUUAUUGAAUUCACAUGAUCAAGCUUGGUGUUAAACAUAUACUGUAUACAAGAUAACAGAUAAUAAAUAAUUUAUAUUGAGGUAUCUUCUCAAAAAUUCA